AUACAUUAUUUUAUGUGUUGAUUAAAUUUAACUGAAAUGAAAUUCAGAAAUCUUUAUUUUUCUUCUCACAGAACUUGUUCUCAGACUUAGUUAUCUUUAAGCCUUUGUUAUUUAGAUCAUCCAAACGGUUUCCUUUUAAAACUUCAAGCUUGGCAUACUUGUAGUCUUCAGUGAGGAGCAUAUAUACUGCUAGAGGUAAUGAUUGCUGAGCUUCUGCUGAGAGGCUACCUACCCUCACAAGUGAGUAGUUAAAAUGAAAUAUUUAAGAAUUCAUUCCGAAGGAACUCUAUUCUGCACAUUUUCCUGAUGGUCUUAUGAUGAGUUUGAGUGACAAAUCACUUGCAUUCCUCUUAUAUUUAGCCUAUGGUGAAGCAAAAGUAGCAAAUGUUUAUCCUAUGUCUGUUUUCAAUUGUAUUAACUAGAGUUAAGACUGUACCAAAAAGUUCAGUCUAGACAAGGCACAAGACUAAUAAGGAUGGCCGUUCUAAUGACAGAUAUCUGAUGCUGAUCUGUCCACUGGGAAACUGAAACUAACCCAUUUUACUUAAGCUAAGAAACAGCUGCAAAAGGUGAUAAAAUUGUUAAAAAGGAAGGCUUGAGAAGAUAGAGCUCUCUUGAACAUUUGUGCUGUUCCAACUCUUGGCAGUUUGAGCAGAAUACUCCCUGAUAAUCAGGUUAUAGCUGCAAACUGAAUGCUUCUUUCUUAUUACUUACAUUGAAUUUUUUUUUUAAAUGUGCCCCCUGGUAAAAGGUAUGUGAGCUCUUUGUUUUGCCACCUAACCUUAAGUACUUCUAUUAUGCUCUAAAGUGAAAGGUAUGAAAUAAAAUACCAUCAGAAUAAAUACUCAUGAUAGGUGGAUCUCCAUAUGAGUAGCUCAGCUGUCCUUGCAUCUUGAAGAGUAUGUGUUCCUCACUGACGUUCUAUGUCUGAAGUUUCAAGGAAGCCAUUUCUUAUCUGGAUAAGUAUCUUCAAAAAUGAUAAACUUGAGUAACAAUACCAAAAAACUCCAGCUUAGACAAGGCCAUGGAAAUCAAGGAUUGAAUGCACAUGGAGACCUCUCACCUUUGAAAGUGGUUCUGCUCAGUAAAAGUUGAGGCACAUUGAGAAGUUGAUGGAUGGAGGAAGCAUUCUAAUGCUACACCUGAUAUUUGGCUAAGUAGAACUCCAGUACUGUCAGUCAGACAUCUCUCAUAGAAUUUCAGUGGAAAUUAUUGGAGACAUAACUGCUUAACAAUUAUUUGAUCAAGUGAGACUUAGUCGCAUAGAAUUCUCUGGCAGAAGCAGGGAUAGUUUUCCAGUGCAACGUUCAGCUGCCUUAACCAUGAGACCCUCCUUUCUCUUUGUGCAAUACCUUGGUUCAUUCACUGUGCACCUUUCAACUUUUGCAACAAAUGAGGCAGGGGGUUUACAGACAACAGCCUCUUUGCUAUGCAAACCUGUUUCAUAUCCAGUGCACUGAAUGAGAUAAUCUCUCCUACUGCAUUGUUUUUGGCUGCGAAAGUGGAAGAACAACCACGAAAACUCGAACAUGUUAUCAAAGUAGCGCAUGCCUGUCUUCAUCCUCAAGAGCUACAGCUGGAUACAAAAAGUGAUGCAUACCUUCAGCAGGCCCAAGAACUGGUUAUACUUGAAACAAUAAUGCUUCAAACUUUAGGUUUUGAGAUUACCAUUGAACAUCCACAUACAGAUGUUGUGAAAUGUACGCAGUUAGUGAGAGCAAGCAAGGAUUUGGCACAGACAUCCUAUUUCAUGGCUACCAACAGCCUGCACCUUACUACCUUCUGUCUUCAGUACAAACCCACAGUGAUAGCCUGUGUGUGCAUUCAUUUGGCAUGCAAGUGGUCCAAUUGGGAGAUUCCUGUAUCGACGGAUGGAAAGCAUUGGUGGGAAUAUGUUGAUCCUUCAGUUACUCUGGAAUUGCUAGAUGAGCUCACACACGAGUUUCUGCAAAUACUAGAGAAAACGCCUAGCAGACUGAAGAGGAUUCGUAAUUGGAGGGCUAAUCAGGCUGCUAAGAAACCGAAAGGAGAUGGACAGGUAUCUGAGAAUUCUCUUCUUGGUUCAUCUUUGGUCCAGAAUUCAAUUUUGGUGGAUACUGUUACCGGUGUAUCUGCCAACACAAGCUUCCAAAAGUCAUCGACGUCAACCUUUCCUGCACCAGUACCUCUGAACUCAGGGAGUAUGUCUGUUCAACACAGUCAUGCACCUGAAAACUUGGCAAUAUUAGCUACAGGAAUGCCGAGUACCUCAUAUAAUUUGACAUCACAGGAAUGGCCUCAACAUCAAGAACAAACAAGGACCGAACAAAUAUAUUCUCAGAAACAGGAAACUGUGUUACCUGGUAGUCAGUAUAAUCUGAACUUCCAACCAGGAACUUCUGUACAAUUGCAUUCUGGGUUACAUCACAGAUCUGACAAACUUACUGAGCAUUCCACUGGUAAACAAGACUAUGCUCACAAGUCAGGAAACAAACACCAUGGACAGGUUGCUGCUCCUAUAAUUCCUCAGAAAAUGUCCUUGGAUAAAUACAGAGAGAAACGCAAACUAGAAACCCUUGAACUGGAUGUAAGGGAACAUUAUGUAGCUACCCAAGUAGACCAGCAACAUAAAAAGCACAUUCAACCACAAGCAGCCAGUAGCAGUUCUGUUACUUCCCCUAUUAAAAUGAAAAUUCCUGUUGCAAAUGCAGAGAAACCAGAAAAACAUGUAUCUGAUAAAAAAGAAAAGGGUGGAUCACUCAAACUGCGAAUACCAAUCCCACCUACAGAAAAGAGUUCCAGUAAAGAAGAUCUGAAAAUGAAAAUUAAAGUUUCUUCAGAAAGACACAGUUCAUCAGAUGAGGGCAGUGGAAAAAGCAAACACUCAAGUCCACAUGUUAGUAAAGACCAUAAAGAAAAGCACAAAGAACAUUCUUCAAAUCGCCAUCAUAGUAGCAGUCACAAGCAUUCACAUAGUGGUGGCAGUAGUAGUGGCGGCAGUAAACAUAGCACUGAUGGAAUAACACCAACUGUUUUGAGGAGUCCUGUUGGCCUGAGUAGUGAUGGUAAUUCCUCUAGUUCCGGCUCUUCAAGAAAGAAGUUGCACAGCAAUGAUGCUUCUCACAACCACCACUCCAAAUUGAGCAAAAGUUCCAAAAGUUCAGGUAGUUCAUCUAGUUCUUCCUCCUCUGUUAAGCAGUAUGUAUCCUCUCACAACUCUGUUUUUAACCUUCCCUUACCCCCUCCUCCCCCUGUCACAUACCAGGUGGGCUACGGACAUCUCAGCACCCUCGUGAAACUGGACAAGAAGCCAGUGGAGAACGGUCCUGAUGCCAAUCACGAGUACAGUACAAACAGCCAGCAUAUGGACUACAAAGAUACAUUCGACAUGCUGGAUUCGCUGUUAAGUGCCCAAGGAAUGAACAUGUAAUCAAUUGUUUAGGUCACUUUUCUUUACUUUUUUAAUUUAAGAAUCGUUAGAAUGGAAAACUUCCUAAUCUAGCAGUAGCAACACGAGCUGUUGUUGCCAUGGUUUCAUUAUAUGUAAGUGCUGCUUUAUCCUUCACUCUGAAAAGAAGAGGUAUAGUAAACAAGUCUUUAUCUCCACAUACAAUAGUGUUAUAAAUACUGUAAUAGCAUGGAAGGUGCAAAAAUCUCAGUAUUUCUACAACUGCAGCUAAGAACAGUAGAAUGAUCAUCUGCUUUUAGGUGUCUAGGAUUCCUCAAGCAUUGAUUAUUUAUAAUUUUAAUACUGCAGCCACCAUUUUUGUUGCUUAGCUUUUGAAUGAGUGUAAUUUUCCUUGUGUAUUUAUACUGUAUGUAUGAUUUGCAUGUUUCAAAGAUAAAGGGAUUAAAAACAGUAUACUGACAACUGUUUACAAGAAAGUGGAGAAAAAUGUACAUACAUUUUUGUAUGUUUAGAUAUACCAUAAAUACUCAGGAUUGGAGCUGCUUGUAAGUAUAACAAAAUAUACAUAACUUUAUUUUAUCUUGUGUCAGAGCCCGUCAGUAAUCUAAACAAAAGUGACGCUUUGUCGUGUUUAUCUUGAAUGGUAGGCCUUAUUGGAAGCUGCUCAAAAGGGCACUUCACUAGAGUGGGUAAUCUAGUACCAUGUAUGGUCAUCCACAGGAGAGCAUCACCAAUGAGGCAAUAAAGGAGUUUGGGCCUCAGUUUGCUAACUGUGACCCGACUGACUGCUGAAAUGCGCCCCAAGCUUUCUGAAGGAAAAAAGAAUAAAGUUUACAUAAUCUUGAUGUGAAGUGCAUUUAAAUGUUUAUUGGCUUGAUGCAGUAAUAUAGGCAGAGCUGUUACUUAAUGAUUACAUAAAUUAAUGUGAGUUAAGAACUGAAGUUCAUAAAAACUUAUAGUGAAAAAUUAGUAAGUUGUUUUUUAAACUUUAAUACCAUAAGUUAUUUUAAUAGUAAACAGGGAUCACUGUUUCCAUUACCAUUUCAGAAUAACAGACAUGUUCUGAAUUCCAAAAAGUGUAUUUGUGUGUGAUGCCAUAUUUCUUUUACAGGUGAGAAUGCAGUCUUCACAAUAAAUAAGAGUAAAACUAUGAUAUCCCAACCUUCCUUUAUAUUCCAACAAUAAAAUAGUUACCACUGAUUCUCUGUGCAUUGUACUUGUGAUUAGUUACAAAAUUGGAGGUUAUUUUGUUUUUAGCUCUGUGAAAAAUCACUCUCCAAUUAAACCACUAGUAUACACUUUGUCUGCAAGUGUCGUCAUAUAGCUUGUGUACUGUUUGCACAGUCUUCUGCCUUUUUAGAAGAAGUGAGACUUGAAUGUGUAUACAUCAUUUUUGUUGAAAGACAAAACUACAGUUCCGUUUUACCAGCUGACAAUUAACUAAUUUUAUGGUUGUGCUUAAAAUCAUUGAUAAGCUAUGAAUGAAUUCAACAUAUAUUCAGUAUAAGGUAGCAAAAGCUGGUUCCUAGUGACUGUUUUGAUUUUUUUUUUUAAAUAUACAAGUGAAGUUGUCCUAAAUCACCUGCACAUGCAGUUAGUACUCAGUGUAACUGGUUGUAAACACUUCAGAAUUUUAAUCUGAAGUUUAGCCCUUUAGUUCCAUUAUGAAAUGAAGUGCUUUAAACUACAAAAUUGUUCAGUACCUACGAGUUUGUAGUUGCUAUAUUAUGUAACUACAGGUAUAUCAAUUACUAUGUAAUACUCAGUUUCCAGUAAUGCAAAAGCUUGUAACUAAGUUUUAUUUGAACAAUGGACACUACUUUUUACAUCUAAACAUUUUAAAUUGAAAAACAGAAUGUAUCUAGGUCCACAUUUAGCCUUUGCCCAUGGAUAUACAGGAUACAAAACUUUACCCUUAACUGCUUUGAAUUUUUCUUCAUUCAGGAAAAUAUACUUCAGCAUUAUUACACUUGUUUCGCAUUGUUGGAUAUGUUCUGACCCUUUUAAUAGUCUCUCCUCUCCACCUCAGCACUAAGACUGAAGAAUUGUUGACAAAUGUAAGCAAUGUAAACUGUCCUGAACUAAUAUGCAGAGAUAGAAGAUAAAAUAGUAAAAUGUGUUGAAAUACUCUUUACAAAGUUUCACAAUAUUUGCUUGUAAGCCUGUUAAAUAGCUGUGCCAUGAAAUGCAUCUUAUGCAUCCAAUGUGGAUACAGCAAUAUAUUGUACUAUAAAUAUAGCAUCUAAUGUUAUAACUUGGAGAAGAAAUGCCAGGCAGGUAACUGGCAAUGGUCAAAAACAAAUGAAAACGGCCAGAGAUCUUCACCUGAGGUGAUGAUUUACACAGGUCGUUCACGUUGAUUCCAGGGGGUUGUGAAAUUACAUUAACAAAAGGUUGCUAUUCUAGGUUAAUGAGAAACCGUGAUUUCAAUUUCUUUGUAAAGAAUAUCUACAGAUAAGAUUAUUUUUAGUUUGCAUUACAAUUGUGUAAAUAUGUAAAUCUCUGUACUGAAGUCUUGCUCUCUGAGAUUAGAGUUGAUAUGGGGGGUGGGGAACAGCAAAAUAUCACUAAUUCACACUGACUGAAACCCAUUGCAAAUUACUGAACUUUGAAUUGCAGCAUGUUCCAACUGUUUAUGGGAUCAGCAUUGGUCCCAUAAGUGAAUGAAUAAAUGCAAUAAAAAAGCUAAUACUCCACAGUGUACUUUGUUCACUUCGAUUAUAGUUUUGUUACUGUUUUGAGUGAAUUUAAUAGAAAAUACACUAUGUAUUUUGUAAAAAUGAAGUCUUAAUUCUGAAACCUCACUACAGUGCUCAGCUAUUAAAUCUCAUCAUUUUUGUGAUAUGUUAAGUGUGUGGAUUAUUGAGAUUCUACUGUACGUUGAAUCUUUAGUCUCAUUGCUAAUGGUGGAAGUACUGCAUUAAAGUACUCUAGACAAUGUA